AUGGGUGGUAUGAAGAAGGAGCGCGGGAAUGAGCGAAACAGCGGAGACGGCCGGCGGAAGAAGAAGGGGAUUGCUGACGUGGCAGCUGUAGCAGAAGGAGGAGAAGGUGGAAGGGAAGUGUUCACAGAAAAUGCAGCAGUGGAAGGAUCAGAAGGAGCCGGAGGUGGAGGGGGAAGAGGAGCGGGAGGAGGGUCGGAAUGUGGUGGACGAGAAGGAAAGGCCGAAGGGGACGUUGCUACGAUGCAAAAUAAAUCCAAUCCGGGUGCUGUUCCUGAUUCGCUUUCAGGCGCUGACGUGGCACGUUCGGCCGUUCCCUCACCCCAGUUCGACCCCCGAGCCAGGGCUCGCUUCGUCCGCCUCUUCCGCUUCCACCACUGGCUCUCCAGCCAAUCACAGCGCUCGGGCGAAUCCCCUGUGCUGACAGAGCAAUCCAGCCAACCGUCCAGAGACCCUCAAUCACGACUGCAGCUGCAGCAGUCAGUUCUUGAGGCGCCUCACAUAUCGCCUUCGGAUCCUAGUUCAUGCCAGCAACCAGCAGCGGGACUUUCACUUUAUGCACCUGUUGCUCCUGAAGGCAUGUCAGAGCUUGUGAUUUCCAGCACACCAAGUGGAGGAAUAGCAUACAUUCCUUAUAACGGAGCGCUGCCCUCUCCAGUUGCUUAUAGCGGAUCAUUUCGCAUCCCACCCAGUGCCCUGCUUCCUUAUGCCCGUGGAGGGCCGUUGAUAUCCCCCUCUACCAAAUAUACCUCCUCUCCUCCUGGUGUUACCGUUGGUAACCUCUCUGCAUCUGCCUCGACUCCCGGCGCUGUAUCUGCCGUUUCGUCUGCCACUCCUUGUGCAUCGACAAAUGAUUCUUCAUCUCAGGGAAAUUCGCUCAGGGAGUUGCUGAAUCAGGGGAAGAUGCGAAGGCAAGACGCAUUGGAUCUGCUCCGCAUGUACCAUGAAGCUGCAGCAGCUCCUGGCCCAUGGGAGAAUGAGCCUUUGCCUCCGGAGCUGAGUGUUUUAGGUGGUGAGAGUGAUGGGGGCGGUGUUGCAGGGAUUGAUUCGGAUGAUUGGAGUGGUGGAGCGUUGAAGCAGGAGGAGGGGAAGGAGACUAAGGAGGGGAAAGGAGACGCUGGUGAAUGGUCUGAUGAGGCAGUAGGAGGAGGCAGGAAGGGAGAUACAGCAAUCGGCACAGCAGGUAGGGAGGGAAACUGGGAAAAGGAAGCAGAGGAGAAGGAGGAGAACAUGGACAGGGAGGUGGAGGAGAAGCAGGAGGAUGGGCUGGAAAUUGCGGAUGAUUGGUCAGAUGGGGCGUUGGAGGAGGAACUGCAGGAGCUUCAACUCGUGGCUGAUCUACACUACCUACUACAGCAGCAGCAGCAGCAACAGCAGAAACAGCAACAGCAGCAACAACAACAGCAGCAGCACACAGGCAGCGGAAGCAGGGGGGACGAUGGCAACGGCAACGAGCUUCUGGGAACUGUUUCAGAGACAGCUUCUGUGGGUGGGGGAUAUGGGAAGGUGGGUUUUCAGGAGCCGUUACGGCCAGCCUUCUAUGAUGCAGCAGAGGAUGGAGAGGGUGGAUAUACGGAGCAGUUCGCUCAACUGAGGGUACAUGCCGCUGCCAGCGUUAGCCGUGCUGCCAGUGUUGCCAGUGCUGCCACCUCUGCUCGUGCUGGCCGUGUUGCUAGUGCUGCUCGUACAACCAGCGUUGCUCGUGUUGGCAGCGCUGCCAGUGCUGCCAAAAUGCCGCCUGUGCUGGCUGAGACAGCAGAGGAUGGCGCUGGGUCUACAGAACAGCCUGUUCCAUUACAAUAUCAUUCUUCUGGUGGUGCUGUCAGUGCUGACACUGCUACUGCUGCCAGUGCUGCCACUGCUGCCAGCACUGUCAGCGAGAGGCCUGUUCUGCCAGCCUUAUACGACGCAGCAGAGGACGGAAUUGGGUUCACGGAACAGUUCGCUCAAAUGAGAUUGAAAGCAAAGGGACGACGGGACGAGGAGUUCUCUAGUAUUGCCACUGCUGUCACUUCUUCCUUUGCUGUCACUGCUGCCACUGCUGCCACUGCUGCCACUGCUGCCACUGCUGCCACUGCUGCCACUGCUUCCUCUGCUUCCUCUGCUGCCACUGCUGCCACUUCUUCUACUGCUGCUACUGCUUUCAACGCUGCUGGUGCUGUUAGCAUGAGGCCUGUGCUCCCAGCCUUGUACGACGCAGCAGAGGACGGGAUUGGGUUCACGGAGCAGUUCGCUCAAAUGAGAGUGAAAGUGAAGGGGAGGCGGGAGGAGGAGUUUUGA